AACGCGCGUAGCGGCAAUAGCGCUCGUUUACAGCACGUCUGCUUGACAAUACGCCCGUGCGUGAAUCGCCGCGGCUUGCACCGUAUUAAACGAGAUGCCUCGCAGACUCGACACAUCUGAUGCCCUGCGCGAAGUGAAACCCCUGUGUAUACGAUUCUUGAAGGACCAGUCCAAAGAAAACGCGGUGAUUCUACGUCGCACACUUGAGAAGCUGACUGAUGAUGCUUGCCAAGAGCUUCAUGAAUACCUUCUCCUGCCUCUCGUAUUGGUACUAAAGAAUGAAAAGAGUGAAGCGUUAGUCGCUGAAACAGUUGGGUCCAUCCGUGUUGUGCUGGAGAAAACCCGAGUGAACGAUGAAAAACUGUUUUCGGAUAUUUUCCUGCAACUGUUGUUUGUUGUCAGCACCAUUAAAGAGAACCUUCAAGUUUCGUCCACUAGUGAAGAGGUGAAGCUUGAAUUUUGCAGUGCGCUAAAGAGCCUUGUCAACAGUGCACUACCACGUGUGCUUUUGCAGAUGUACAGUUUGGACUUCCGCUUGUGCCUGAGCCAUGCUGUCACCAUUCUUCUUUCACUUGCUGAAAGGGAAAGAAACAGGAAGCUGCAGAUUGCCGCCAUAGAAUGCUUAGAUGUUCUUGCUUGCAACACUGCCAAUGACAUGUUCAAGAGUGCUAUCCUGUUUGAAAAAGUUGGAAAUGCAUUUGCGGGUUUCUUCCCAGGAAUAUCCAUUGCAUUUACACGUGUCAUUCUCGAUGCUGAAAACAGGAGUCAGAAAGUAACUGCUGUUGCCCUGAAAACAUGGGGCCAUGUUAUCCACAUUUGCCUUGGUGACACAUACCUGGAGGCUUUGUGCCCAGAUGAUGAAGUAGAAAAACAGAAAACAAAAAUGCCGAUUGUGUUCAGAAAUGAAGAGUGGGCCAAAGCAACUGCUGAGAAAUUAGUCAUUCUUGUAGAACGGGUGCUGCCUAGCCUUGCAAAGUGCGAUGAUAACGCGAAGCUGGCAGCUCUGGAAUGGGCACACGUGCUCCUCUUGCGGUGCAGCAGAUCACUGGAAAUCUUAACCCCGACAGUCCUCCACAUGGUGCUGGCAAUGAGUGCUGAUGACAGUGAAAAGGUGUCCAUUCAAAGUCUCUCAGUUCUCGAUGAGGUUGCAAAUCAGAUGCUGGCUCUUGACUCAUUAUCCCUGACUGAGAUUCUUGAAGAAGACUUUCACAGGACGCUGGGAAAGUUCCCACGGAUAUUUCACACUGGGAGUGAAAAUGAAAAGCUGAAUUUGGUAAAGCUGCUGUGUGGCUACCUGAGAGUAUUCCGAACAAGAAUAGCCAAUAUACUUGUGUCACCAGCUGUCUCCCAGAGGUUGCUCGGCGUUCUUUUUCUACUGUCCGAGUUUGACACUGGGAAAUUGAACCUCCUUGCUGAGCAGGCGACCUGCCUAGAUUUUCAGAAUGCCGUUGAUCUAGCAAUCAAUUGUUGUCGUAAUCAGUUCAUGCAUUUCACAAAUAUGAAUAUAUAUAAAGAAUUCACCAUUGUUUGCAAACUGCUGGGAACCUAUGGUGAUAUAAUGAUGUUGACAGAUGCUCUACGCCACAAGAUAGAAGAGUCAGCCAGGCACAGGAAGCAAGCUAUCUUAGUACUCACCAAUGUACUGCGGUCGCUUACAGAAGGCAGUAAAGGCAGGCAAGCUUGCACUAAGCUUGAAGAUUCUGGCUUUAUUCGAUCACUGCUGGAGUACUUUGUUUCUGAGAGCCUCUGGGACUUGCCUUUGACUGAACCAGGAGGAGAUGAAAGUACAGUGGAUACCAUGCAGCAGCAUUCACUUCGUAUUCUGUCACUGGACAAAAUGAAUUCAAAUAUUCUGCAGAGCUGCCUGUUGCUAGAUGCUGUAGGAAUGCUUUCUCAGCUUUCCAGCGACUUCCGACCCCUGCUGAGGAUUUGCCUUUGCCCACUGUUGGAAAAGGCCGACAGCCAGAACUACUUUGUUUCUCAUGUGGCAUGCACGACUUUGUGGCAAGUGGCAAAAGCUUGUGGUUAUAGUUCUAUUUCAGAACUUAUCCAGCAAAACACUGACUACAUUGCCAACACAGUGCUGUUCAAGCUUAGGCAUCCAAGGUCUCACGGUGACGUCGCACGGAUUGUGCAGGCCCUGGCAAAGCAUAGUGACAAAGGAAGCAUUGGCCUUUUGGAGGAUGUUGGUUACGAGGUACUCAAUGCACUUGACUUCUGCCAAAAAGAUAAUGCGCUACCAUUCUUGAAGGUCCUAGCAAGCAUAGUGGUGUACCUGAACGCUUGGUUUCCUGCGGCACCUAAGACGGGCGUACUGAAGGACGGUGUUACAACACGGGUGCUCCCAGAGAAGACAUUUGUGCAGUUCGUGAAAGAGUUUCAUCAAUGCAAGACAAUUUCUGCUGAUGUUGAGUUGACUGACCAGGAACUUGAAAGCAUUGAGGUGCCUAGGGAAGAUCUGUGUGAUGUGGAAAUGGAUGAGAAGCCACCUGUGCCUGGACACAUCAAGCUCCUUGUGCAGGUCUUAAAGAGAUGCACCCACUUUCAGUCAAGUUCAAACAUCUUCAUUCAAACAGCUGUACUGAGUAUCAUCAAGCAUGCAGUCAUUCCACUGUCAUGCUGUGAAGAUGAGCUCUUGCCAGUCGUGCAUUUGUUGUGGAGGCCCCUCGUUGCUCGUUUCCAAAAGGACGAUUGGAAUCUAUGCGCAAAGGCAUUUGAAGUCGUUAGUUCCUUGGCAGAGACAUCACAUGAUUUCAUUCGCGAACGUACCCUGCGAGAGGUGUGGCCAAGGCUUGCAACAUUCCUACACAGUCAGCAUGCAGUCAGUAAAAACAAAGGAAAGGCCUAUGAAAUUACUUCUGCCUUCAAAUACCAGCUUGUUCUUCUUAAAGGACUUGGGCCAAUAUCCUGCCAGCUUGAAGUUCAUGAACAAGGCAUUGCCCUCUUGGCAUCAGCUGUAGUGCCUUACCUGGAGCUCUCACAACCACCCAAGUUGCAAGAGGCUGCCAUUGAAUGCACCCAGAACUUGGCAAAGUGCAGUGCAGACACUGUGUGGUACUAUGUGGUCAAGGCACACUGCUCCAGCGAGCCCCUUUGGUCACCGGCUCCAUCACUGCAAGCACUUCCCUUCAGCCCAGAGCCCUGCUCCGAGAACACUAAUGUGUUGCGUGUAAUGGCCUUUCUAACCAGCAUGGAUGUGCCAAGACAAUGAACCGCAUAUUUGUGUAUACUUUGGUCACAUUCAUAUGCUGGUCAUCUCUUUGUGCCAAGAGGAUAUGGACUGUAUUUUAUUGAAUUAAAAAGCUUUCUCAGAAGAAAAAGUAAGAUAA